AUGAUUAAAAUCUUGACAAAUUAUAAUAAUUUCUCUGAAUAUAAAAUAAAGUAUUAAAUAGAUAUUCAUCCUCUUCAAGGCAAGAAAUCUCUGCCAGAAUAUGUUGGUAAGAUAUUUGAAGAAGCAAAGUAGAAUAAUAAUUGUUGAAGAUCCUAAAUUAAAUGUCUAAUCAUUUUCUCAAAACUCCAUUGUGUAUAUGGAUUGUUGACUAAGAAUAUUUCUAGAAGGGAAUAUAAAAGUAACUGAAACUCUACAUAUUGUCUGAUUAGCAUUUAUAUCGUAUAUAUUUAUAAUUGGAUAAAUAUGUAAU